ACGUCACUCAAACACAGAAGCAGGAAACUAUUUAAACUCCUCAGUUCAGAGAAACAGAAACUGAAGUUUUGUUGAGCUUUGUGUGUUUGUGUCUCUCUGUAUUCAUGCAGUAAAAUGGCAGAAGCCAGAAUUUCAGUGGAUCAGUUCAUAUGUCCAGUGUGUCUGGAUCUCCUGAAGGAUCCAGUGACCACUUCCUGCGGACACAGUUACUGUAAGAUCUGUAUUACAGACUGCUGGGAUCAGGAGGAUGAGAAGAGAGUCUACAGCUGCCCUCAGUGCAGACAGACCUUCAGUCCAAGACCUGCUUUAGGUAAAAACACCAUGCUGGCUGAAGUGGUGGAGAAACUGAAGAAGACUAAACUUCCUGCUGACUGUUACGCUGGAGCUGGAGACGUGCAGUGUGAUGUCUGUCCUGGAAGAAAAUACAAAGCUGUCAAGUCCUGUCUGCUGUGUCGGGAAUCUUACUGUCAAACUCAUUUUCAUGAGGAAUCUCACUCUCGUAAACCACACAAAGUGAUUGAUGCCACUGGACGACUGCAGGACAUGAUCUGCUGUAAACAUGAUAAAGAGCUAGAAAUGUUCUGUAUCACUGAUCAAAGAUGCAUCUGUGUGCUGUGUAAGGAGUAUGAACAUAAAAACCACAACACUGUAUCAACUGCAGCACAGAGGACAGAGAAACAGAAACAGCUGAAGGAGACGCAAAUGAAGAUCCGUCAGAUAAUCCAGCAGAGACAGAAAGAUCUUCAGCAGCUGAGAGAGGCUGUGGAGUCUCAUAAGCGCUCUGCACAGACAGCAGUGAAGGACAGUGAGAAGAUCUUUACUGAGCUCAUCCGCUCCAUUGAGAGAAGCCGCUCUGAGGUCACACAGCUGAUCAGAGAUCAGGAAAAGGCUGCAGUGAGUCGAGCUGAAGGACGACUGGAGCGACUGGAGCAGGAGAUCAAUGAUCUGAGGAGGAGAGACGCUGAGCUGGAGCAGCUUUCACACACACAUGAUCACAUCCAUUUCCUGCAGAGUUUCCAGUCUCUCUCAGCACCUCCUAAAUCUACAGACAAACCCGACGAUCCCUUCAGAUCUCUCUUCUCUUUUGAUGGCAUGAGAGAAUCUGUCCGUCUGCUGAGAGACAAACUGGAGGAUUUCUGCAAAGAGGAGAUCAAGAAGAUCUCUGACAGAGUCACAUUCACCAGCAUAAAUCCCAAAACCAGGAACGACUUCCUACAAUAUUCCCAUCAGCUCACUCUGGAUCUGAACACAGUGAAUAAACACCUCUAUCUGUCUGAGAAGAUCAGAACGAUUAGUGGCACUGACAUAGAGCAGCCGUAUCCUGAUCAUCCAGACAGAUUUGAUCAGUGGUGGCAGGUGUUGUGUAGAGAGAGUGUGUGGGGACGCUGUUACUGGGAGAUUGAGUGGAGUGGGGUUUAUGGUGUGUUUAUAUCAGUGUCAUAUAAGAGCAUCAGCAGGAAGGGAGAGGGUAAUGAGGGUUUGUUUGGAGGUAAUAAUCAGUCCUGGAGUUUGUACUGCUCUUCCUACAGUUAUUCAUUCAUGCACAAUAAGAUACAGACUGUUCUCCCUGUAGCGCCCAUCAGUCGUAGAAUAGGAGUGUAUGUGGAUCACAGUGCAGGAACUCUGUCCUUCUACAGCGUCUCUGACACAAUGAGCCUUAUCCACACAGUCCAGACCACAUUCACUCAGCUGCUCUACCCUGGGUGUAUGGUUUGUGUUGGAUCAUCGGUGAAACUGUGUUGGCCCGGGGGUACUCCCGAGAUUGCCCUCCCGCGGCACAUGGGGCUAAGGACAGAAGAAGUGAGAGAAAAGGAGAUGGAAGGACCAGGAGUGACAGACGAGAGAGGGGAGAGAGGAAAAGGAAAAAAAAUCUUGGUCUGGUUCCCGGACACACUGCAACUCAGUCCUCAACCAGCUGAGAGACUCUCACUCGCGCACCACAAUUCCCCUCAGCAGCGAGGGCUCUUCGACAGUAUGCUUCUCCUUUCUUCCCAGGUUUCGGCACCAAGUAUUGUUGAGCUGUUGUGUGUUUGUGUCUCUCUGUAUUCAUGCAGUAAAAUGGCAGAAGCCAGGAUUUCUCAGGAUGAGUUCACAUGUCCAGUGUGUCUGGAUCUCCUGAAGGAUCCAGUGACAACUUCUUGUGGACACAGUUUCUGUAAGAGCUGUAUUACAGGCUGCUGGGAUCAGGAGGAUGAGAGGAGAGUCUACAGCUGCCCUCAGUGUAGACAGACCUUUAGUCCAAGACCUGCUUUAGGUAAAAACACCAUGCUGGCUGAAGUGGUGGAGAAACUGAAGAAGACUAAACUUCCUGCUGACUGUUACGCUGGAGCUGGAGAUGUGCAGUGUGACGUCUGUCCUGGAAGAAAAUACAAAGCCGUCAAGUCCUGUCUGCUGUGUCAGGAAUCUUACUGUCAAACUCAUUUUCAUGAGGAGUUUCACUCUCGUAAACCACACAAAGUGAUUGAAGCUACUGGACGACUGCAGGACAUGAUCUGUCGUAAACAAGACAAAGAGCUAGAGACGAGCAGUAGAGCUGGAGACGUGCAGUGUGACGUCUGUCCUGGAAGAAAAUACAGAGCCGUCAAGUCCUGUCUGCUGUGUCGGGAAUCUUACUGUCAAACUCAUUUUCAUGAGGAAUCUCACUCUCGUAAACCACACAAAGUGAUUGAAGCCACUGGACGACUGCAGGACAUGAUCUGCUGUAAACAUGAUAAAGAGCUAGAAAUGUACUGUGUCACUGAUCAACAAUGCAUCUGUGUGCUGUGUAAGGAGUAUGAACAUAAAAACCACAACACUGUAUCAACUGCAGCACAGAGGACAGAGAAACAGAAUCAGCUGAAGGAGACACAGAUGAAGAUCCGUCAGAUAAUCCAGCAGAGACAGAAAGAUCUUCAGCAGCUGAGAGAGGCUGUGGAGUCUCAUAAGCGCUCUGCACAGACAGCAGUGAAGGACAGUGAGAAGAUCUUUACUGAGCUCAUCUGCUCCAUUGAGAGAAGCUGCUCUGAGGUCACACAGCUGAUCAGAGAUCAGGAAAAGGCUGCAGUGAGUCGAGCUGAAGGACGACUGAAACAACUGGAGCAGGAGAUCAAUGAUCUGAGGAGGAGAGAUGCUGAGCUGGAGCAGCUUUCACACACACAUGAUCACAUCCAUUUCCUGCAGAGUUUCCAGUCUCUCUCAGCACCUCCUAAAUCUACAGACGAACCCGACGAUCCCUCCAGUUCUCUCUUCUCUUUUGAUGGCAUGAGAGAAUCUGUCCGUCUGCUGAGAGACAAACUGGAGGAUUUCUGCAAAGAGGAGAUCAAGAAGAUCUCUGACAGAGUCACAUUCACCAACAUGAAUCCCAAAACCAGGAACGACUUCCUACAAUAUUCCCAUCAGUUCACUCUGGAUCUGAACACAGUGAAUAAAACCCUCUAUCUGUCUGAGAAGAACAGAGUGAUUACAUUCACUUACACAGUCCAGCCGUAUCCUGAGCAUCCAGACAGAUUUGAUGGGUGGUCUCAGGUGUUGUGUAGAGAGAGUGUGUGUGGACGCUGUUACUGGGAGAUUGACUGGAGUGGAAAUUAUGUGUUUAUAUCAGUGUCAUAUAAGAGCAUCAGCAGGAAGGGAGGGAAUAUUAAGUGUGCGUUUGGAUAUAAUGAUCAGUCCUGGAGUUUGGACUGUACUCCCUCCAAAUACUCAUUCAGACACAAUAACAUAGAGACUGUCCUCCCUAUAAAGUCCAUCAGUCAUAGAAUAGGAGUGUUUGUGGAUCACAGUGCAGGAACUCUGUCUUUCUACAGCGUCUCUGACACAAUGAGCCUCAUCCACACAGUCCAGACCACAUUCACUCAGCCGCUUUAUCCUGGGUUUAAUGUUUGGUCUGGAUCAUCAGUGAAACUGUGUUGAUGUUUCAGAAUAGAUU